UUUGCAUCCAUCCUUAUACUAAAACUUCAACUUAAAGAAAGUCGUGUGCUUUUUUCAAAUAAGUUUUUUUCACCAACUGUAAUUUUUGUAAACAACUUUUAAAUUUACAGCCAACAGUGAUUUAGACAGUUCAAUUCAAAUCGAUUAGUUUGAUUGACUUGUGAUUCAUUCUAGCAUAGCCAGAUACUUCAAUGUCAUUCAAUACUGGAUCUGGAUCGAUCUUCAAGGCGAGAAAACGUCCUCAAUCCAACGCGAAUUCAACGCUGAUUACUGGCAUCAACGAUACCCAUGAUUAUGAUGAUACUCAUAUAAGUAAGAAAAGUAAUAGUACAGUGGUUAGUAAAAGUCAAACCUUAUUCGAAUUGACUAAGAAUGAACAAUACUGUGUUUCACGAUUACCUGCAUUGCCUGGUAUAUUUGAAAAUGAUACCUUUCAAUCUAGUAUAUUAAAUGGAUAUUCAGAUUCAGAAUCAAAUUAUUCCUUAGUUAUAACGGAAAAUUCAUUACAUGUUUGGAACUAUAAAUCUACUGAUUCAUCUCCAUUAUCAUUUCAAUUUCCAAUCAAUGACACAAAUUCAAAUCAAGAACCAAUUUUCCCCUUAGCAAUCUUAACCAGACCUUCAAAUGGAAUAAGUGGUCAAGAUCCAGGAUUGGUUAUAAUAAACUCAACCACUGGGUUAAUCAAGUUUUAUGAAAGUGUUCAACAUGCUCCUGCAUUAGGUUUAAUUAACGAUAAGUCCUUAGAAUUAACAAUCCCAAUUAAUUCUAAGAGAGGAGAAUUUAUAACAUUAGCUGAAAAUAUUGAACCAGCUGGAAUUGCUAUUGCUACAUCUUGGAAACGUUCAAUUCUUAUUUCAUUACGUGAUUUCAAAGGAAAGCCAAAGUUAUCCAUUCUCGAAUUAAUAUCACCAACUACAUCCAACUCAAUUAUAUCUAACUUGUUCUUUGGUAAUAAGUCAUCAGAUAAUAACUUAGAAAUUAAUAAUGAAAUUAUAAGUAUUAAAUCUGGAAAAAUAACAAAUCAUGGUAUGACUCAAGAAAUAAUCAUUCAAGAUUCAAAUGGAGGUUUCUACUUCUUUAUUUAUAACUUAUCAUCUGCAAAUGGUAUACCAUACAUUGAUAAAAAGUAUUCAUAUAAACAUAAUCUUACCCCUUAUGUUGAAAAUAGUAUUGAUGGCUUUAUUCCUGGUUCUUCAUUAACUAUAAAUUUCUUAGAUUUAUGGCCUCUCUUACAAUAUGAAAAAACUUAUCUUGGUUUAUGUCAUAUCAUUGAUAAUAAUGAUCCUAAUGGAGAUAGUAAGAAUUUAUUGUUGAUCACUAUCAAGAUUGACUCCACUGGGGGAUUACUUUAUGGUUCUCAUAAGUUAAUAAGAUAUAAUCCUAGUGAUUCUACUAAUCCAUUAAUCACUAAACCUAAAUUAUUUUUACCAAAACCUGGACAUACUGCAUUUGUAACUAUUGAUAAUUCUGUAAUUAUAACUGAUAUUAACACAUCUUAUAUUAAUGAUUCUACUUCGGGUACCGUUUCUUAUUAUAAACCAAGAUGGGAAGAUAUAAUUCAAUUAAAAUCAGAUGUUCAAAUUAUCGGAUAUGGAUUUGAAAACAAAUCACCUUCUGCAAAUCCUUCAAUUGUUAUAAUUACUAAGAAUUUUGGAGUCUUAAGACUUGAAAGAUUUCCAGAAGCUAUCAACGAUGAUGAAUUACAAGCCAUUACUGAUCCAAUAUUCAUAAUCAAAUCUCAUAUUGAACAAGGUAUAUUCUUUGCUGGUUCUUCUCAAAUUGAGUUCGAUAUAAAUUCAUCAUCAAUUAACAUUUCAGAUGAUUUAAUCUUAAAGGCAGUGGAUUCAAUAAUCUCAGAAAUCAUUAAUUCAACUUCUCCUUAUUUACCCGAAUUUCUACCAUCAAUAAUCGAAUCAUUAAAUCAAAAAUCAAGUUUAUACAAAGAAUUAAUUAACUAUUCUAAGAGAAACUUCUCAACUUUGAAUUCUGUUUUAAUUCCAAAGAUCGUUGAGUAUUUAGAGAAGGUUGAAGUUGCAUUAAACUUAUGGAUAUUCAUUAACGAUUUAGAUAACGAACAACAACAACAACCACAAUCACAAAAACAACUGGUAUAUUUAAAAGAGAUACUUGAAUCAAUUGUGCUUGAAUUAAACAAACCAGAGUUACAAUCAGGUAGUGAUGUUAUAAGGAAAGUAUGCAGCCAAGGUAUUGAAUACAUAAAUGUAAUCCUUACUAGAUUCAUUGAUAAAUUAAUCCAAGAUAGUUUUUCCUUAACUAAUCUAGUUGAAUUAUUAAUCAAGACACAAUAUAAUGGAAUUUUCUUAAUUGAAUCCAACUAUAUUGUCAAUACUGGAUCCAAGGGUACUCAUAAAUUGUGGAUCUUUGAUACUAAAUUAUUAUUUACCAUUGGGGAUAUUUAUGAAAAAGAAUAUAAUGAUACAAAGAGCAAUGGCAUUAUUAUAACUGAAAAGAGACAAUCCAAUUUAAUUAAAUUAUGUGAGGUGUUAUAUUAUUUUGUUAUAAAUGCUAUAAAUUAUUUCGAACAAAAUGAUUCAUCGAAUAAUAAGGAUGAAUUAACCGAAUAUAAAAGAUGGUAUAAAACCAAUAAACCAAAAUGGAUUAAUGCAUUACUUAAGAACAAUUUGAGUAAAGACGCCAUUGUCUUAAGUGAGAAGUAUCGUGAUUUCAAUUCAUUAGCCUUGAUUUUGGAAUUCGAAAGAUCAAACAUCAUUGAGAAAUACGGGGCUAAUAGUAAAGAACAUAAUGAAUUAAUUAAAAAGUAUGGACAAUAUUUUGAAACAUUUGAAUAUGAUUUUGCAUCCAGUUUAUAUGAUUAUUACUUGACGGAAGAUAAGAUUCAACCACUAUUAUUGGAUUUCACCAAUUAUAAGAAUUAUCUUAAAUUAUAUUUUGAAAAGAAUCAACAAAAGACGGCAAAAGUAGCCUGGAUUCGUCAAUUAUUGGAUAAAGAAUUUCCUCAAGCAUCUGAAUCCCUCUUGAAAUCAGUCAAAGUGUUGGAAAACUUAGAUAAUAAAGAAUUGAAAUACUCCUUAGCCAAACUUGCUAUAAUCGCAUCUAAGGCUAAAUUAACUGAAGAUGAUAUUGUUGCAGAUAAAUCAGAUGAAAUAUUAAAUGAAUCCGAAGCUAAUUUAGUUCAAAUUAGAGCUCAAAGUAAAUUAUUACAAUCAUUACUUAAGUAUGUGAAUGGGGAAAAGAAAUUAUUGACAUUGGAUUAUAUAUUAAAGAAUCAUUCCAACAAGUUAAUUGAAUUCAGUAUAAGAAAUCAACUUAUUGGAGGAGAAAUUUUCAAUGAUUUUGUUGAAAACAUUCAAGUUUCAAGUUCCAAUUUGAUUAAUUUAUUAACAGUUAUUAAACCAGUUGGUCUGUCCAAUAAGGAAUUUUCAGAAGCAUUAAAAGUUGCAUCAGUCAUCAACAAUGAAAGUAAAUAUAAGUACUUCACUAAUAUUAUCUGGUUAAGAUUAUUGACAAUUACUGAAGAUUGGUCAGUAAUUAGUAAAUUGAAUAGUAAGUUUUCAACUGAUGAACAUAUUAAGGAUAAAAUUAGAAAAACUGUUAUAUUCAAGACUCUCUCAGAGAUAAAAUUAGAUCAUGAUUUAGUUUCCCAAUUGGAUAAAUUGUUGACAACGGGUAAGAUAGAUGAAACUAAUUAUGAGAUUGAUGAAGAGAUUGAAGCAUUUCAUCAAAAGUUAUUAGUUCAACUCAAUGAUUAUAACAAGAAUAAUGAGUUGAAGUUAUGGAUUGAUUCAAUUAAACAAGAAGUUAAGAAUUCAAUAAUAUAGACUAAGUACAUAUACAUAUAGACAUUCGAAUAAUAAAAUUAAUGUUAUUU